AUGAUAAGAGAUUAUAGAGAAGAAAAACAUUUAUCUAAAGAAACAAUUAACAAUGAAAAAGAUCUACUUUAUCCUGAAGAUAUAUAUUUUUUAAUUGAAAAUCUUUAUCGACUACCUAUUAAUGGAAAAACAAUUCGUGAACAAAUCAAUAUAUUACAAAUUAGUCAAACUAAUAUUUUAUCGGAACGAGAAGUAUUUGUUGAACUAACAGCUAAAGCUGAGCCAUCAAAACUUAUGCUUGAAUUCAAAAGUUUUAUUUCUUCAGAAAAAUAA